AUGAAUGCUUUUAUCAAGAGUAAGCUAUGUUUAAUACUGGAUAGAGAAGCUUAUCGCACUAGCCCACGCAGGUUUACAGGGCCAGAAUUUCUUCUGGUAACUUGAUUCGUGAGAUCAAACCUUAAGCCUAAAUGAAAAGGAAUUUCCAGUGAAAAUCGAUAUAUAUUACAGUUCAGAGAAAAAUUGAAUAUAAAUUGAAAUAAUAUUAUGAAUUUUAAAAGACCCCAAUAG